AUGAAAAGGGAAAAAAGGGAAGAGGGCUCAAACUCCAUAGACAAGAUAUCAGAGUUACCACAAGAUAUCUUGCAGCGAAUACUUUAUUGGCUGUCCCAAGAAGAUGCUGUCCGAACCUCUGUGUUGUCCAAAUCAUGGCGUAAUAUUUGUUUCGACUGUGCAUCUGUUUCUCUUGUUGAAGAAUGGGUUCGAAUACUCACUAGCAUGUGCGUUAAGAAGUUUUGUCUUUGUAAUCUUCCGAAACGUAGUAUAGUAGAAGAACUGCCGUCUGUAGUCUUUGGAGCCGAAUCACUUCAAGAUUUGCAUUUGGCAGGAUUCGUGUUGCACCGAGAGGCUAUUGAAAGGAUGACGAUGUAUAUCGUCCGGCCUCUUUUGAGAAGGAACUUUGUACGAUCGAAAUCCACACCCCAUCUCCUGAAACCAUCUAUAUCAGUGAAGGCAAUGUUUGGUUCCACAAAGGACCGGAUUUUUUUCGCAAUCUCAAGUAUUUAA